GAGAGCAAGAGAGAUGAUUUGCAAAAGUUGGUGACGUCAUUGGCUACGACAGAGAAAAAGAUACAGAACGUACGCGAUUGUUUGACUGCGAUCUUUAAUGGUUUCCAGAAGGAAUCUUCGCAUAUGCAGCAAGACAGAUACAAAGGUCAAGUGGACUUACCACAAGAUUCUCUGACGGUACUUCGUCAGUUCUACGAGGAGCGGCGCGAAGCACGAAUGAACAAAAUGCAACUCAGCUUAGAUCUAGAUACGUCGGAAAAUUCGUACUCGGAAGAUAAACAAAUCUCCAAAGUUUUCUGAUGAACUCAAAAUAUAUUUGAGACAGUUCAAAUUGGAAAAAAAUCGGAAACUGGUGCUACAAAAUGGAGAAAAGAUUUGGAUUUUUGAGACGCUACAAGCAGCUGUAAGAAAACUCCAUGCUGCAUGGCUAAAUGAGGAUUUACCAUGCUCAUUAUUAUGCCCCUCUGAAAGUUUGUCUCGCAACUUGGAUAUUCUUACUAACCGUAUCCACAAUAAAAUGGAGCUGGAAAUUAUACUUGAAUCGAUUGGAACUACUUCUGUAUCACAACUUAAUUUGAGUAUAGAUCUAUCUAUCAAGAAUAAAGAAGAAGAAUUUAUAGACAAGAUAAAAAAACGUGUAAACGAAAAUAUUGUCAAUUUACAAAAGAUAAAUAAAACCUUAGAUAAUGGCCAAGAGAACCUGAAAUUUUGGGAUGAUAAUGAUUUGAAGAAGUACAUGUUGCACAAAAGGGAUGUCGACGGUAAAUCUUUCCAAGACUACGAAUCGUUUUAUAUGGAGAGCAUUCGAUUGAAUCGAUAA